AUGUUUUCAGUGACUGCCGCACGUAUUGUGCCUGGAUUGGUCUCGCGCCGUUCGCUUGCUCCAGCAAUGCAGCAAAUUGCUUCGUUUAGAUUUUCGGGUCACAGUACACGUAAGCAAUCAAAUGUUGCGGACGAACAACUCAAAUCUCUGAUGAAGAACAAAGCAAAGCCACCCGUAGAAGAAAAGCCAAAGGAGGAAAAGCCAAUUGAAUUCAACGAGACUCUAAUUCGAAAGGAGGAAACUUUUCCUGUAGAUGCUGCCCUCAUUAAUCAAUUUGCUCCAAAGAUUAAGGUAAUUGGUGUUGGAGGUGCCGGUGGAAAUGCUCUGAAUAACAUGGUCACGAACAAAUUGAAGGGGGUCGAGUUCGCUGCACUCAAUACUGAUGCACAGCACCUGGCCACCAGUAGAGCUGACACCAAAAUCCAAAUUGGUGCUGAAUUGACAAAAGGUCUUGGUUGUGGCGCCAAUCCAGAUGCUGGCCGUAUGGCAGCGGAAGAAUCUAGAGAAGAAAUCAAGAAAGCUGUUGAGGGUUCUCACUUGGUCUUCAUUACCGCUGGUAUGGGAGGCGGAACAGGGACAGGAGCUGCUCCAGUGAUUGCUGAUAUCUGUUAUGAAAUGGAUAUCAUGACUAUUGGAGUUGUCACCAUGCCAUUCAACUUUGAAGGAACUCAUCGAAGAAGAUUGGCUUUGGAGGGCAUUGACCGUCUUGCUGAAGUCGUAGACACUUUGAUUGUAAUUCCCAACCAAAAUCUCUUUGAAAUUUCUGGACCAGAAACAACCUUUGCUGACGCAUUCCAGAUGGCAGACGACGUUCUUUUGGGAGGUGUGAAGACCGUCUCAGAACUGAUGACAUCGCCUGGAAUCAUCAACCUCGAUUUCGCUGAUGUCAGAUCAGUAAUGUCAGAUAUGGGAAACGCCAUCAUGGGUACUGGCGUAUCGGAUGAUCCAGAAGACAGGGCGAUAAAAGCAGCAGAGCAAGCUUUGGGAAAUCCUCUGCUUGGUUUAUCCCUUGACAUUUCUUCCGCCAAGGGAGUCCUUGUUAAUAUUUCGGGUGGAUCAGAUAUGACGCUUUAUGAGGUCGACCGAGCAGCACAGCUCAUCACAGGCAAAGUAGCAGACGAAAAUGCCAAUAUUAUCUUUGGCAGUACACAUGACAAAUCGCUAGAGGGCAAGAUUCGGGUUAGCCUUGUUGCUACAGGCAUUGACCGCCUUGACUAUUAUUGA